AUUUUUAAUGUGUUGAACAAAUGUACAGACAUCUUCCAAUUUAAACUGCUAUAGUACUCUACAUGUGUUAACUUCAUAUUCCUUCUGUCGUUUGCUAGAAGUGCGAGACGGCAUAAUAAAAGAAAUGGUGAUGAAGAAAAAGAAGGAAGACAACAGCGUGUGUCAGGGAAUGACUAGAAAUACAAAGAACAGCCUGGGUAUUUGUGAGAUAGAAAUAACUUUGGACGUAGAAUGCUGCAAUAAAGCAUAGAAAAAGAAGAGAAAGGGGACUGCCACAAUUUCAUUAGGAAGACACAUUCUUUUGAUCCAACCAGCAAAACCCGAGAAAGAGACGCAUAAGUAAUUCUUUAUUCUUGCCGACUGAAUUCCGCUUGCGACAGGUUGAGCAUGAAGCACCCAGAUUUGAACGCAUCUGGUAGUUCGAAGCUCUUUACAGGCUUCGACGCCGACUUCGGUGCAAUGGAAGCAAACGGCCUGAGUGGUCGCGAAGUAGGGAAGGCAUGUACUCGUUGUGUGCCUACAGAUGGCAGACCAUUGACGCUAGCACUGCCUUUUCCUGCUGCUGCGGAGUGCGAACAGGCCAGAGGCGAGGACCUAGCUGGCGCGUGCCUGGUUUGUUGCCUCGGAUUGAAAGUCGCAUUUAGAGUUACGGUGGCCAUUGAAAUUGGUAAGUAUCCGCAAUUAGCUCCCCCAACGUCUAGGUUUUCACACUGAUGGUCUCCAACAGACUAGCUCGCGUGCCACAAAGAGAAUGAGGUGGCAGGAAAACAACUUUAUAUUUGCUUCACAGACUUCGGGAUGAACGAACGGACGAGCGGCUGGAAUACGAAGAGAGUGGCGAACUCGCAGCAGGCCCUUGGUGCACUCUUUAUAAACAAGAGCAGAU